CAGGUUCAAUAUAAGAGGGGAGAAGCAGGGAUUAGCAGGAAAAGAUCUGAUGCAUGGGGAAGUAGUCAUCAAGACUGACCCCAUUCUAACGAAGAAACAAUUGAAAGAAGGAAAAAACAAAACAAGCAGAUUGACUUGAUUAUCAAUUACUGCAUCAUGGCAGAGUCGGUCGCAUGCAACUUUAUAAACAUUCCCGUAUAUGAAGCAAUAGCUUCCUGGAUAGAAACGGCCUCUCUACCGAUUGUUUUGUUGGGAGCCAAAGGAGUGGAAAAGACAACCACGCUAAUCAUGUUACAUGAAUCAUGCAAAAGACCGAAACAUUAUUUUUACCGUAAUCGGGGGCGUCUUGUCUGUGCAGUGUCCAGAUAUGGACUUGUGGGUUUGCUGAAAAAGUUCCGUAUAAACUACUCCGACCUCAAUACACAAGUGGUGAAUCCGACUGAGGAGGUUGCAUGGUCGUUACUGAGACGGUCCAACAACGAAAUGAUCUCCGACCCCGCAAACGAGCGCAUGUUGUCAACCAGCAUCUUUCCACUGAUGUUUCCCUUCGGGACGAAACGGUUGAACUACUCAAGCAAGUCAACCUCAAAGGUGAAAGCAAUGUUCGCGGAUACAUUUUUGAAACACUCAUAUUUUCGAACUUUACUAGUGUAG